CUACGACAAAUAUAUGGAAUUUGAAAGACUUGUUCAAAGUUUAAUUCCAGUCAUAUUUGGAUUGAUAGUUCUAGUGGGAAUAGUAGGAAACGCUCUAGUGAUAGUUGUGAUCCUGGCGAAGAAAAAACUUCAGAACACAACCAACAUCUUGGUUGUAAGUCUCGCUACUGCUGACCUUUUGUUCGUGGUGUUUUGUGCCUCUUUCACGGCUGCGAACUAUGCAAUAUCCUACUGGCCAUUCGGAAACGUUUGGUGUAAACUGGUUAACUUUAUAUCACACGUCUGUGCUUAUGCCAGCGUCUGGACCUUGGUGCUUCUGUCUAUAGAUCGAUACAUUGCUGUGGUUCACCCGGUUCUCUCAAAACGAAUAAGAAAUCGGCAAAACACUUGUAUUUUGGUCCUCGUGACUUGGACUUUGAUCUGUUGUGGUAAUUUUCCGAUUCUCUUUCAAUACGGUAUUGUACACUACACGUGGAUGGGACAAAAUAGAUCGGCCUGUGUGAAUCUUGCAGGAGUCGGAAACAAACUUGUAUUUAAAGUUUUUUACGGUUGUUUCUUUGCACUUGGUUACGCCUUACCACUUUCCUUGAUUAACUUGUGUUAUGGUUGUCUAUUAAAAACACUCUGUCGUCGUUCUCACUUGAGACAAAAGAGUCAACGAACGACCAAAUUCGUCAUCACUUUCGUAGUUGCCUUUGCUAUUUGUUGGCUUCCGAUCCAAGUCAUUCUGAUCGUACAGACCUUUACUGAUUAUGAAAUAACCAUAGGUUCCACUGCCGUGUUGAUGACUGCUAACUGCCUGGCUUAUGCGAAUAGCUGUAUUAAUCCGUUAUUGUAUGCCAUCCUUUCGGAGAACUUUCGAAGAUAUUUGAGAAAUUCAACAUGUUUUUCGAAACCUGUGUAUUUUGCAGACCGAAGAGGAACAAGAGAAACUCUUGUUCUUUCAAAGGCAUAG